AAUUUCUCGACCACCAUGACGUACCCUGUGCUCCCAAAGAACCUCCUCAUCAUCUCGCUGAAGAUGUACUUCACUCCAGAUCGAACAAUAGACUACUGCCGUGCCUUGCUCGACCCCAAAAAUGACAUCGUCCGACCAGAGAAUCAGUCCAAGCUUCUGCUAGCCCUGAUCCCCGAUUUCCUCACCAUCUACCCCUGCGCGGAGAUCAUCAAGCAGUGGGAAACGACGUUACCCCAACAGGGCAAAUCUCCCUUCCUGCUCGGCGCCCAGGAUUGUUUCUGGGAAUCUCAGGGUGCCUACACCGGGGAGGUGUCGCCGCUCGCCCUUCGCGCUAUGGGUGUUUCCAUCGUGGAGCUCGGCCAUGCCGAGCGGCGCGAUAUCUUCGGCGAGACAGAUGAGCAGACAGGCCGCAAGGCUGCUGCCGUGUGCGCCAAUGGCAUGGUUCCCUUGGUCUGCAUCGGCGAGAUCACCGCCCCUGGCCCUGUGGUUUCUCAGGCCGUGGGCCUGGCUGUUCGAGAAUGUGAGGCCCAGAUCCGCGCGGUGCUGAACGCCAUUCCAUCCGAUGCGCCGGUGAUCUUUGCCUAUGAGCCGGUAUGGGCGAUCGGAAAGCCCGCCCCCGCGGGCGUCGACCAUAUUGCGGCGGUGGUGGAGGGCAUCAAGGCGGUGAUUGGCAGCGCCCGCGCGGGGCAGCCGGCCGGGGGUGAGGUCCGCAUUCUCUAUGGGGGAAGUGCCGGGCCUGGCCUGUGGGGCGCGGGCGGUCUGGGCAAGGCCGUCGAUGGUAUGUUCCUGGGGAGGUUCGCCCACGAGAUCGAUGGUGUUCGCAAGGUUGUCCGCGAGGUCGAGGAGAUGCUAGCCUGAGUGAGUGAGUGAGUGAGUGUGUGUGUGUGUGUGUGUAGAAUUGAUUAAGUCGAUGGCCCCGCGAGAUUAGCAUCAUGCGACACCAACAGAGUGUUUCCCGUUAGAUCAGUUCCAUUCAAUGAGUGGAGUCGCAGUACGAGGCAGAAUUGAUACCUGACCUGACACGAUACGAAUUGACUCCAAAAUAUGCAACUCGAAGCUGGGGUUUUCUUUAAAAGGCAAUGCCGAGAUUGUCUGCUGCUUCUCCACCGGGUUUGUUAGGGUGGUUAUGUUAUUGACUUGAUAGUCUCCAACUCUUCCAGUUCGUUCUCGGGAUGGUUGUUCUUGGUCG